AUGGAAUUGAAGAAGUUGAAGAAGGCAGCAAAACUUAGAAACAUCGAUCAGAUGAUUUCUCUUAUAGAAAAAAUACCAUCGAAGAACGCAGCGGAUGCAGAAAAAUUUUUGUCUGAUUUCUACAAUCAUGAGGUAUCUGUAGCCAAUGCUGUCUUCGAAUUAACAUCAUACUCAAAAAUACAUAAGACAAAGGUAAAACUUCCUCUCAAAGGCUGUUUCACCCUUAUUAUUCCAAAUCCAAAGGAACGAUCUGCUUUUUGA